CCGGAAGUCGUCACAACUGGUCGCCAUAACAGAAAGUUGAAUGUUGCGCGGCGAGCUGCAUCUUGAGCUAAAAUAGAAGCGCUAUCGAUUAUACCCUGUUUUAUUGAUUAGUGUUCAAGUAUUUAAUAAGUAUAACUGGAUUAGUUACUGUCGUAUUACGUUAGCGGUUCAAAGUGCAUUACUGAGUGAUUGCCAUUCAGUUAGCUAGCUAAUGUUAGCAGGUGUAGCUACUGAAUUCACCUUACUUUAGGGUUUUUUUUUUAAUUGUUUGCAGUUUUCUGGAUUAACUUCCACUUUAAAUGGAUGAGCACAAAGAGAAUAUUCACACCGAGGACCUCAACGCGAAAAUGUCGAAUCCCAGAGAGGUUGAGGAGGUGAAGCCUUGCAGCAGGAUAUGUCCCGAAGAGGAAGCUGCUCCUCAGGUGUCCCCGUCCCAGUCCAACAGUGACUUCAGUCACCCGGUGUACAAAGAGAUCUCCAUGGCUAACGGACACAUCAACCGCAUGACCAUGGACGAGCUCCGGAUCAAGUUGUCAGAGCUGCACCUCGACACGAGAGGCGUGAAGGAUGUGAUGAAGAAGAGGCUGAAGAGCCACUACAAGAAGCAGAAGCUGCUGCAGUCUGCCGCCGAGGGAAGGCCCACCGACACCUACUACGACUACAUCUGCGUGGUGGACUUCGAAGCAACGUGUGAAGAGGACAACCCGUCCGACUUCCACCAUGAAAUCAUCGAGUUCCCCAUGGUGCUCAUCAACACGCACACGUUGGAAAUCGUGGACUCGUUUCAGGAAUACGUGAAGCCAGAGUCGAACCCGCAGCUCUCGGACUUCUGUGUGAAGUUAACAGGGAUAACGCAGAAAAUGGUGGAUGAGGCGGCCCCGUUUCCAGAUGUCCUCCAGCGGGUCGUCGCUUGGCUUCAAGAGAGGGAGCUCGGGACAAAGUACAAAUACGCCAUCCUCACUGACGGGGCCUGGGAUAUGAGCAAGUUCCUCAACAUCCAGUGCCGGAUCAGCCGCAUCCGAUACCCUCACUUUGCGAAGAAGUGGAUCAACAUCAGGAAAUCAUACGGGAACUUCUACAAGGUCCCGCGCACACAGACCAAGUUGAGCACCAUGCUGGAGAAGCUGGGCCUGCAGUACGAAGGUCGCCCUCACUCCGGUCUGGACGACUCGCGCAACAUCGCCCGGAUCGCUCUGCGCAUGCUGCAGGACGGCUGUCAGCUGCGCGCCAACGAGCGCAUGCACGCCGGCCAGCUGCUCUCCGUCCCCAGCUCGGCCCCCGUGGAGGGGGCCCCCCCGCCAUACAACCCCCGCAGCAGAGACUAGGCGCCGGGGAGCCCAGGCCACUCCCACUCGACUCUUAACCCUCGUGAGUCAGAGAGAAAAGUGAAUCCAGAGCACUUUGGGUUUUGGAGAUUAAGAGCUGUAGUUUGUGAAUGGAGUCGACGUUUCCUCUCUGGCCUCCUUCCUCGGCGCCGUAUAUUUUUACACCAGAUGUUUAAAAUGAGAGAUCACACCAGUGUGUUGUGGGAGGAUUUUCUGUUGGACACUCCUCGCUCCGCCUUAUUAAGCUGCUAGUUAGUAUUCAAACAAUUUGAUUAUGGCGCUAAAUCUUUUUUUGGUCCCAUGAUGUGAAUUCUUUAUUUCAAGUUUCGCUUUAAAGAAAUCCAACCUUUUGAAAGCCUUGAAUUGUUGUCAUUUUUAUGGCCUCACAAUUCAUGUCCUUCAAAACCCACAUGUGUCUCUGCAUGGUGCAUGUGACAAACACAAGGAACCACGUGCACAUAAUAACAGCCAUAAGAAUACGUUACUUCUUUUGACAAAUGAAUAUAAGUCCACUAGUACUGUGAGGGUUCAUGUCGUAGUGUUCUGUCAUCUUUUGUAAUGAUAUUCAAUUAUUUCAUGGACGAUGCUCUAUUUUAACAGGAACAAAUAUUCUUCCAAAUGCCAAAUAUAUCAAAUAAAAUGUUUCUCUGUUCUUGUAAAUCAUCUUUGUGUGAGUUUAAUUUGUUGACCAAGUAUCUUGGACACUUUAAAGGUUUUAUGUAAAGACGGGUGAAUUAAUCUUCCUAAAAC